UGCCUACAACCCAGAUAUAACUUUUUCCCAGACUGUUUCUUUAGAUUCUGUCCAAUCUCUUUCUCCCCCCUACAACCCCAUCUUCUACAAGCUGAAGACAUAAAGGACCAUGUCGUUGGAUGAGAAAUACAUAGCGAUUAGGGAAGAGGAGGAAGAGGAGAAGGAAAAGGAGGAAGACAUUCAGGAGGCAGCAGCCUCGAUUGUUGGUGGGGUGAUUAAAGAUGCCGUGGACAAAGUCAUAGCCCUGAAGAAGGAAGAGGCAGGUGCCAUAUACAAAAUACGAAAUAUUGCUUGGAUGAGGUGCACAGAUUUCUCCAUUGGAAAAGGUCUGUUGCAGAUUGAGGACUAUAUGAAAACAUGGGAGCUUCACGAAAGUUGGCUACACUGGAGCAACUAUCUCAACAACGAGGAACUCCAGUAUAGCACCCGGUACUAUUACCGAGUCCGCUGGAGCAUCCCGACAUGCAGGAAGCCCAUCCCUCGAGCCACGGCCUGUGUCUAUUUCGUCAUUGAGAUUUCCAAAAUCAAACCCAGAUCGCUGCCAAUUGAAGUAUUUUUUGUAGUGGAAACCAAUAAGCUCAUUCACAGGCCAGGAAAAACUCGCUUUAAGGAGAAGUGGCUCAAAGAUGUAAUUGAAAGUAAGGUGGUCAUGAUGGAGACUGUGGAUUUUUAAUUUUGCUGGAAUGGUUAAGAAAUUAAAAUCUCUAUAGGUACCCUGCUUGUGUUUUAUUUUUUGGUAAUAAAAAUCAAGAGUUGCCGUAAUCAAA